AAGUGUAUUUUAAAAUAUCAGAUGUGGUCAAAAAACCUCCCCGCGUCCUGAACGACAGCAGGAUUUAUCAGGAGGCAAACAUCCACCUCCGGUGAGUGAGCCGAGCUCGCCUCCAGCAGUUCUGCUGAAGGGCGGCGCUAGAAGGCUCCGGUCCAUCUCAUCCGCCAGGACCUUUACUUUCCCUGAAGCAGCUGAGCGCAACCGCGCGUCUCCCCACGAAGCGGCCCGCGCGGGUGGACGUCUGUACAGCGGAUAACGCCUGUUGCUCUUUCCCUCGGUGCGUUCGCUGCACACAGGCUGCACCGGCGACACGGCCGUCCGAGUGGUCCACAGGGCAGUGUAGAAAGAAGCAGACGGACACGGACAGACUCGGUCCUGUGACCCCAACUUUCUCCACGGCUUUACGAAACUGAAGAUUAACGCAAGCAAAGAGAAAACGGCGCGAUGCCGCCCGCAGAGCGCAGCCUGCUUAGCGUUCAGUCCUCGGAGAUCACCGCGCGGUUCUUUGCGACUUUUCAGCGCUGAUGAAUGAGCCGUUAACCGCUGCUUCAGGACCGACGGACCGCUGAAACGACUCUGUGAGGACCCCCCCCCCCCUCCCCCCUGAACCAUGGCGAGCGAGCUGAAACCGCGGCUUUGCUGUAUGACCAAAGGGGAGAACGGCUACGGCUUCCACCUGCACGGAGAGAAGGGAAAGAGCGGCCAGUACAUCCGCAAAGUGGAGCCGGCGUCCCCGGCGGAGGCUUCGGGGCUGCGCGCCGGUGACCGAGUGGUGGAAGUGAAUGGAGAUAACGUGGAGAGAGAGACCCACCAUCAGGUGGUGCAGAGGAUUAAGGCAGUGGAGCAUGAGACCAGGCUGCUGGUGGUUGAUCGUGAGACAGAUGAGUACUUGCGCAGUCUGCGCCUCACCUGCACAGAGGACAUGGCUGUCCGAAUCAGCCCGUCACCAUCCUCUUCCUCAUCUCCUCCCCCGACCCCCAGCAAGCGGGAAAACGGCUCUGUGUCCAAGCUGCCAGCCACCCUGACCAGCGAGAUACCCAAACCCAGCAGGAGAUCUCCAUCACGGGCUGCCAAAAAGGAGAUUCAGGCUCAAGUGCAGUCUUCUCCAACAGAAGUGUCCGAGCUGGCCCCCAGGCUGUGUUACCUGGUACGAGCCAAGACGGGCUAUGGAUUCAACCUUCACAGCGAGAAAUCCAGACCAGGCCAGUACAUCCGCUCUCUGGACCCUGGCUCCCCGGCUGACCGUGCUGGCCUCAGACCACAGGACAGGCUCAUAGAGGUAAAUGGGGUGAACAUUGAAAGCAUGCGGCACGCAGAGGUAGUGGCCUUCAUCAAGCGCGGAGGGGACGAGACACGUUUGCUGGUGGUGGAUCCAGACACAGAUGAGCAUUUCAAAAAACUGGGCAUCACUCCCACUGGCAGCCACGUCAAAGGUUUUGAUACUCAGUCCAUUACUAACGGCUCGCCCAGUCCCCGCAUCAACGGCCGCUCCACAUCGCAGUCUACACACUCAGACCAUAGCAGCCAGGACACCAGCACACAGAAUUCGGAGGAUGGUGGGAGUCGCUUGCUGGACCCCUUCGCUGAGAUUGGCCUGAAGUUGAGCCCCACUGCGGCAGAGGCUAAAGAGAAGGCCCACGCCAAGCGUGCCAAGAAGAGAGCACCACAGAUGGACUGGAAUAAGAAAUAUGAGCUCUUUAGCAACUUCUGAACUUGCGCAUACACACGUACGCGCUCCCUGUCCCAGAAUUCCAACCCCUCUGCACCUGACUGCUUUACAUGAAAACGGAGGCUGUUAUUUUUAUAGAAAAAAAAACAUAAAAAGUAUUUUAAUAGCUUCCCCUGCGGAGCGAGAGCAGGCAGAGGGCAAACGCGAGCAUCUCUAUUUUUUCACUCUCAACUGGAAGGAAAAGCAGCUGACUCAGAUGUGUCUGACGCAGAACUGUCGCUGACAAUCGUCAGCCCCUGAAGCAUAAAGACUUCUCUAAAGGGAUCACUCUUUCAGCUGAAGGGUGCAGCUUGAAUUUUGUAUUGUUCUUGCUUGAGUUUACUGUUACACACAUUUCAGGCUGACAACUUUAACAGCAAUCCCCCAUACCAGCAGCCAACUUUUAUACAAGACCACCUCCACCAGCAGAUGUUGAUCAUACUGCAGCACAUACUGCGCAAAAACCAGACUGGAACCUCAAAGAUUCAAAAUUGUUUACAUCUCUACAUGACAGCGGAGGUGCUCGGCUCUGGUGAUGAGUACUAGUGGAUUUAUGCAGAAAAAGACAUAGCGGAGUUGCACAGACAAGUCCUGAAAAUCAGAGUUGACUUUAGUACUGAACUUAAACAGAUAAAAUCCUGAACUGACCCUCUCAGAGGAGCCCCCUCAAUGUAGCCCAUUGUAUGUGCUGUACAUUCUUUGUAAAUCAGUAUUACACAUGAAGAAACUCCAGAGGAUUUUACCUGCCAUGAACUGCCGAAACAUAACCAGCUCGUGGUUAUGCACCAAAAACAUUUGCAACUAAAGGGAUGUGCCACUAUCGUGACAUAUUAAAGGGAAAGUGUAAUAGUGGGUUCUUGACUUGCUCAGUGAGAUGAAGUGGAGAAAGGGAGGAUUUCACGAAGGGCAAUUUCUUAAGCUUUUUGAUAUGAUAUUGUUACCAGAGUGAGGAAUAAAGUCCUGAACCUGCUGACUGCAGCAAAGCUUAAAGGAAUAUUUUGGUGGAAAAUUUUUACUCAAUUUUCCCAGAUGGCGUCUAUCAGCGAAGACGUGUCCAACUUUUGCUUCUAUAAUUAAGCACAGGAGCUAUGAGGCUAAUGUUGCCAGCAAACAAUAGAAGCCAAUAGUCACCCAAAUCUUCUUUAAAAGUUUUCAUUAAGGUUGUACAGACUUGUCAAUGCGGUCACAGUAUAACAAUAAACAAAACUUGUAGCUGAACGCAACUGAGCUGAAUUUGACCCAUUUCUUUGCACACGUCAUGCAGGCACAAAUAUGUUUGUGAUUUCUGAAUUUUCAUGUUUAUAAUUAGAAAUCGUAAACAGUGUGUGUGAUGUGUGUAGGGGGAUUCAGAUUCUGCAGGGGAGACAGAAUGACUGCUUGCUGCUUUCAGCCACACAGUGAGGUUUUGCUCAUUUUUAUAGUUUUCACUUUACUGUGCUCUAAGCCACAUUGACAAGUCUGCAUGACCUUAAUAAAGAGCGGGAUGCAGUUUGAGCACAUUGUGAAGUUUUGCCAAUGUAUUUAUGGAAAAGAUUUGGGUAACUAUUGAGUGUUCUAGUGUCUGUUGGCAACAUUAAGAAGCAAUAUAUAGCAAUAUAGACGUCUUGGCUCUUCUAGGGUAAGUGAAAUUAUUCCUUUUAAAGGAGGCAGGCCAAAAGUGAGGACUCUCCAGCGGGAGAAAAGGAGCAUUCCUUUUGGGAAGUCCCCACUAUUGCUGUCCAACUUUGCUGAAAAGUCACUUUGUGAAAUCGCUCCCACAACAGUUGCAAGCAUAAACUGCGUUUUGUUGAAAUGAGGCAUUGACUGUGAGACACUAGAGGGCACCAUUGAAGAACAUUUGCUUCUACCCUUGGAAGAUGACUUUGAACAGAGGCAGAACUUGCAGGUUUCAACCACUAGAGGGAAACAUAUGUAAGUCAUUUAAUUGCAGCUCAUUUAAGUACUUGUACUUGUGAACUGAACCAAUGCAAAUGUGUUACAUGUAGGCAACAGCAGCUGUACAAAAACAUUGUAUUGCUUAGGCUGAUGCUUUCUGGAACGCUCUAGAAGGUGAUGGUGGAUUCUUGAAUGGUCGAUUUGAGACUGAAACGCGUGAUGUUAGGUUCCAGAUAAAAGCCUGGAAUAAUCUGUUCAUGUGAAGUAGGUGAAACAACCAAACUAUGUGUGCAAAGACAACCUAACAUGCUGGGGUUUCUAUUGUCAUGGCAGGGGUUUUGACCCCUAGGAGGGGAGACCGCUAUGUCCACUAUCUGAAUGGAUAGGAGGAAAUAUCACAAAUGGCUUGCGUCAAUGCAGGCAAUGUUGUGUGGAGCAAAUAACGCAGACUGCUAGAGCCAUUGAGCUUAUGAAGAUUAGAGACAGUGCUAGGCCACCUGCUUUUAGGAACGCAGACCCCCUCAGAUUGACUUACUUCAUCUCACAGCGGGGUGUCUCUCCUGGAAAUGGACAAAAUGACCACACAGAGCUGCCUUGAGACACCCCUUACCGCUCAAACUGUGGUACGGCCCAUGAUGCGGCUCUGCUAGGCCAGUUCUGUUGGGUCAUUAAGCUAGUUCAGCUGUGCUGUGCUGACAAACUGCUCCAGAAAGAAAGCUUUAGAAAGAGACUGCAUUAUAUAGCACAAAUACUUUUAACCCCUGUGCCCUUGUAUAUUACCAGCAUUGCUGUACUCGCUCUGAAUAAUCAAAAGUGCAUUAUUUUUGUCUAUUGUUUUCCUUCUAAUGUUUGCUAGCCUUGUGUUUGCAGAAGUUUCUUCUUUCCUCCGUUCCUUCUAUCCUGACUGUGUAUGCAUUCAGAGCUCAAGCUGUAUGCUAAUGUAUAUUCAUUAUGGGAAUAUAUGCCAGGUUGCAUUUUUUUUUUCAAUAAAGUGUGAUUCUUA